CACAGGCCUAGGAUUAUUCAGUGAAAGCAUCAAAUUUGAAUGGCAAAUGAGAUCAUCCCAUACUCAUCGCAGACAGAUGAAAACAAAAAAGUAACAGACCCUGUGGCUCUACAGAACCAGAGGUGGGGACAAGAUGUCCCAUUGGAAACUGUAUGCACUCACACGGUGACAACUAUGAGAUGCUGCCCGUGGUCGAGAUGCUGCGGCAUGGGCGAGUUCCGGCCGCGCACGGUGUGGCUGGGCCACCCGGAGAAGCGGGAGCAGAGGUACCCGCGCAACGUCAUCAACAACCAGAAGUACAACUUCUUCACCUUCCUCCCCGGGGUGCUGUUUAACCAGUUCAAGUACUUCUUCAACUUGUACUUCCUGCUCCUGGCCUGCUCCCAGUUUGUGAUGGAGCUCCGGCUGGGAGCCCUGUACACAUACUGGGUUCCCUUGGGUUUUGUCCUGAUCAUUACCAUCAUGCGCGAGGCGGUUGAAGAGAUACGAUGCUUUCUCCGGGACAAGGAAGUGAACUCGCAGAUCUACAGCAAGCUUUCCACCCGAGGAACCGUGAAAGUGAAGAGCAGUGGAAUUCAAGUGGGAGACCUUAUCAUUGUGGAAAAGAACCAGCGCGUUCCCGCCGACAUGAUCUUCCUACGCACCUCGGAACGAAACGGGUCCUGCUUCCUGCGGACCGACCAGCUGGACGGAGAGACGGACUGGAAGCUACGCCUGCCCGUGGCCUGCACCCAGAGACUGCCCACCGCCGGGGACCUCCUCCAGAUCCGAUCGUUUGUGUACGCUGAGGAGCCGAACAUCGACAUCCACAACUUCAUCGGGACUUUCACCAGGGAGGAUGGAGACCCUCCGGUGAACGAGAGCCUGAGCAUCGAGAACACCCUGUGGGCCAGCACCGUCAUCGCGUCCGGCACCGUGAUCGGGGUGGUGAUUUACACUGGCAAGGAGCUCCGCAGCGUGAUGAACACGUCCAACCCAAAGCACAAGGUGGGGCUCUUUGACCUGGAAGUGAACUGCCUGACGAAGAUCCUGUUCGGGGCGCUGGUGGUGGUGUCCCUGGUCAUGGUGGCCCUGCAGCACUUCGCUGGCCGUUGGUACCUCCAGAUCUUCCGCUUCCUCCUCCUCUUUUCCAACAUCGUUCCCAUCAGCUUGCGUGUGAACCUGGAUAUGGGAAAGAUGGUGUUCAGCUGGAUGAUCCGGCGGGACUCCAAGAUUCCCGGGACCGUGGUCCGGGCCAGCACCAUUCCCGAGCAGCUGGGCCGGAUCUCCUACCUCCUGACCGACAAGACGGGGACUCUCACGCAGAACGAGAUGGUUUUCAGGCGUCUGCACCUGGGGACGGUGGCCUACGGAAUGGACUCCAUGGACGAAGUGCAGAGCCACGUCUUCAGCGCCUACACACAGCCCGCCCACGACCUGCCCACCUCCCGGGCCCCGCCCACCACCAAGGUGAGGAAGACCAUCAGCAGCCGCGUGCACGAGGCGGUGAAGGCCAUCGCGCUGGUGCACAACGUCACGCCCGUCUACGAGUCCAACGGCGUCACCGACCAGGCCGAGGCCGAGCAGCACUACGAGGACGCCUGCCGCGUCUACCAGGCCGCCAGCCCCGACGAGGUGUCGCUGGUGCAGUGGACUGAGAGUGUCGGGCUGACCCUGGUGGGCCGGGAUCAGUCCUCCAUGCAGCUGAGGACCCCUAGUGGACAGAUUCUGAACUUCACCAUCUUGCAGAUUUUCCCCUUCACCUACGAGAGCAAGCGCAUGGGGAUCAUUGUGAGGGACGAGUCCACUGGAGAAAUCACUUUCUACAUGAAGGGCGCAGACGUGGUCAUGGCUGGCAUAGUGCAGUACAACGAUUGGCUGGAGGAGGAGUGUGGGAACAUGGCCAGGGAGGGCCUGAGGGUUUUGGUGGUCUCCAAGAAGUCCCUAACCGAAGAGCAGUACCAGGACUUUGAGGCCCGCUACGUCCAAGCCAAGCUGAGCGUCCACGACCGGUCCCUGAAGGUGGCCACGGUGAUCGAGAGCCUGGAGAUGGAGAUGGAGCUGCUGUGUCUGACCGGGGUGGAGGAUCAGCUGCAGGCCGACGUGAGGCCCACCCUGGAGAUCCUGCGCAACGCUGGCAUCAAGGUGUGGAUGCUGACGGGAGACAAGCUGGAGACGGCCACCUGCACGGCCAAGAACGCCCACCUGGUCACCCGCAACCAGGACAUCCACGUCUUCAAACCCGUGACCACGCGCGGCGAAGCACACCUGGAGCUCAACGCCUUCAGGAGGAAGCAUGACUGCGCCUUGGUGAUAUCGGGCGACUCUCUGGAGGUGUGUCUGAAGUUCUACGAGUACGAGUUCAUGGAGCUGGCGUGCCAGUGCCCGGCGGUGGUGUGCUGCCGCUGCGCGCCCACGCAGAAGGCCCAGAUCGUCCGGCUGCUGCAGGAACGCACCGGAAAACUCACCUGCGCCGUCGGGGACGGAGGAAAUGAUGUGAGCAUGAUCCAGGAAGCGGACUGCGGCGUGGGAGUGGAAGGAAAAGAAGGGAAGCAGGCCUCUCUGGCUGCCGAUUUCUCCGUGACCCAGUUCAAGCACCUGGGGAGGCUGCUCAUGGUGCACGGGAGGAACAGCUACAAGCGCUCGGCAGCACUCAGCCAGUUUGUCAUCCACAGGAGCCUGUGCAUCAGCACCAUGCAGGCCGUGUUCUCCUCCGUCUUCUACUUCGCCUCUGUGCCGCUCUACCAAGGCUUCCUCAUUAUCGGUUACUCCACCCUCUACACCAUGUUCCCCGUCUUCUCCCUGGUUCUGGACAAAGACGUCAAGUCGGAAGUGGCCAUGCUGUAUCCUGAGCUUUAUAAGGAUCUCCUGAAGGGCCGCCCUCUAUCCUUCAAAACGUUUCUGAUAUGGGUGCUGAUAAGUAUUUACCAAGGCAGUAUCAUCAUGUACGGGGCCCUGCUGCUGUUUGAGUCGGAGUUUGUGCACAUCGUGGCCAUCUCCUUCACCUCGCUCAUCCUGACGGAGCUCCUGAUGGUGGCCCUGACCGUGCAGACCUGGCACUGGCUGAUGAUCGUGGCGGAGCUGCUCAGCUUGGCCUGCUACGUCGCCUCGCUGGUCUUCCUGCACGAAUUCAUCGACGUCUACUUCAUCGCCACCCUGUCGUUCCUGUGGAAGGUGACAGCCAUCACCCUGGUCAGCUGCCUGCCUCUCUACAUCCUCAAGUACCUGCGCCGGAGGUUCUCCCCGCCCAACUACUCCAAGCUGACCUCUUAACCCCGCCCCCUCCCGCUGCCUCCUCCUCCUCCUCCCACGCCCGCUUUCUUAUCCCCGCGAGGGGGCGGAUCCCUCCUUCGCCUCGAACAGAGCCCCGCCCCUCUCUGGUGCCGAGAUUGGCCUAAAGCCUGCCGAUCGCUCCUCCCCUUUAUCCGGUGCGGAUCAGAAAGGUGUCACGGAGAGAGUCAGAGAAAAAAAUACAUAUUCCCAGAGAGAAUUCACAAAGUACAGUGUCGUCAGUCCACCUCCCCAGGGGCGAUUUUAUUAUCUUUUGAGUGUGCUUGGUUUGCACUUGGCUUUUAUUUCAUUUGAGUGUUUUGGUUCAGAGUUUUGAUGGCUGUAAUCUUGUGUGCCCAUCAAUGAAGAUGCACUACAUUGCUGAAGAAUGCAGGUUCUUUCUCGUAGAUAUUCACAUUCACACUAAACCCUAUGAGUGAAGAGUAUCACCUCAGCUAAUGGGGAAGAUCUAAGCGAACAACGCCCGAUAGGCUAGUUUCUUAUGUAUAUUGACAUACUUAUUGACAUACGUGGUACUUGAAGAGCGAAUACAUUGGUAAACAGCCUCCAGUUUAAUUCAGCUCAAAUGCUCUGACCUGGAUUGAGUUUUGGAAAACAUUUGAAAUGUCACGUCUCACAGGAGAACUAGCUAGGCGUUUUUUGCCACAGGAUCAGUACAUAACGUGUUACGAUGCUGUAGGCCGUUUUAGUCCCUGUGCAUUAUGGGAAAUGUCAUUUGACCCGUAACUUGAUGACUCUAAUCAAGGCUUUUUUGGAGGCUCUGGGACAUAUUGGAGUGGAAAGGGGGUCUCUCUGACCCCCUCCAAAAUACUUAGCUUGUCAGUCUGUUCACACUGGAAUUAGUUACAGACUGAAUGUAUUGUGGUUUUAAGAAAUAUUUAUGAUUAGCUAACAUAGUUGUGUUACCAUUUGCACAGCGGAGCAGGGAAAGUUAAUUACACUGGACUUAAUAAAGAUUUCCAAUUGUAUUUAUUGAAAUCCUCUCAUGUAAAUAGGAAAUUGUCUUCAAAAGGACCAUAUAUUCUGUAACACAGGAAGUUGAGCCCUGUGCAAUAUUUAAUUCUAACUGGCAUUUUUUUUCUUUUCUGGUAAGUGGGCUUAGUGCAUGUAUGGAAAGAUGCAGAUUUGCAAACUUGCUUGCUUGUGUGUGUGUAUGUGUGUGGGGGUGGGGGGCGGGAGGCGGGAGAGGGAGCGGAGUGUUUGAACAUUAUGCAUUUGUGCACAGUUGUAAUUACGUAUGUAUUUGCUAGCGUGUGUGUACAUUUGUAUGCGUUCACGUGCGUGCACCCACGCACAUGUUCAUAUUUCUGUGUAUGUGCUUCUGUGUGCGUGUAUAGUACUGUAUUUGUGUGACUGUACGUGUUCGUAAAAGUGAGCUUUCAUCACACGCAAGCUUCGCUUGUAUAACUCUGUGACGUGUGUGUGUGUGUGUGUGUGUGUGUGCGUGUUUGUGUAUGUCUGUGUGCGUGCAUAUGUGUAUGUAUUUGUGUACGCAAGCACGCGAGCGUGUGUGU